AUGUUUGGUGUCCCCUCCACGGUUACGACUGAUCGUAAUGCCCAGUUUGAGUCUGAACUCUUCCAAACGCUCCUCUACUUUUCUUGGCUGCACGCGCAUUCAGACCCAGCUGCCAACGGUAUGGUUGAGCGUCUUCAUCGUCAGCUAAAGACCGCCUUGCGUGCCGCAAAAGGACCAGGAAACUGGUCAGACCACCUCCCUCUUGCACUCCUCGACAUUCGCGCGGCUCUGAACUCGGAUAUGGGCUGUAGCGCAGCUGAACUAGUUUUCGACAAUACCCUCCGACUGACAGGCAAGAUGGUCACCCAAACCUUUCGUGAUAGCGACGAGACCCCUGACAAUUUUGUGCACCGUCUGCAGCAAUUCAUGCGCUUGCUUUCCCCGGUACCACCUGGAACUCCAACAAUCGAGUCUUAUGUCGAAAAAGGUUUGGAAAACUGCACUAAUAUGUUCAUCCGGUGUGACCGUGUGCACCAGCUGCUGGAAUCACCAAAUGAAGGACCGUCCCAUGUGCUCGCACGCAACACCAAGACCUGCCGGAUCCUUCACGGUGACAAGAAGGACGUAGUCAGUGUCGACCGGGUCAAGGCUGCUGUUCUGGAGGAGCCGCCGGACCUACCAUGA